AUGCUGUACCGUAGCUUCCUAGUGGCCAAUGCGCAGCCGGAAUCGUGCCACAUCAUCUUCUGCUCGGAUGGCUUCUGCAAGAUGACCGGAUUCACGCGGGCCGAGGUGAUGCAGCGGUCGGCCUGCACCGAGUUCCUGCAGGGCCAGAUGACCUCCCAGGCGGUCGUCCAGUCGAUCAAGGAGGCGCUGCGGAAGGGCGAGGAGCAGCACUUUGAGAUCCUGUACUACCGGAAGAAUGGUGUCAAAUUCCUAUGCUCCGAGGUGAUAGCCCCGAUCCGGUCCGAGGUGGACGACAUCUCGCUGUUCAUCAUCAACUUCGAGGACCUGACGAACCCGACCACGCCGGAACCGAUCGAGCAGGUCAAGCUGAGCAAAUUUCCCUUUCUUUCAGUUGACCGAGCGCGGGCCAGCUUUCGACAAUCGUUCCGGAUCGGUCACAUCGCCCUGCGGGACCGGGGUCUGCGGCUGGCCGGGUAUCUGACGCCGCCCUCGGAUGCCACCCAGGAGGAGGAGGAGAUCGGGAUCAACCGAAGUGCCAUUGAGAGGGGGUUUUGCAGCGACCGGGUCAGCCAAACGACGGUGCUCAAGGUGGAGACGAACAUCUGGACGCCGAUGUCGACGCCGGCGCUGACGAGGACCAAAGAACUGGAAGCGAUGGGCCCCGACAUCGACACGCUCAGUGGACCAGGCGAAAUUGUGAUAACGUCUCCAGAGACGGCCAAACUGGAAGUGACCCCGGUGGAGCAUUCGACGCCGACGAUCGUCGACGUCAAACCAGAGUUUCAGCAAACCAAAAGUUUAGACUUUGAUGUACAAUCAAAACUGCUGCAUUUUGGCAAGCAAACGCCUAACAAAUUACGCACGCGAAAAAUUGUCGAGGGUUGAUAGAGAAGCGUGCCCAUACGAUAGACGAUUUUAUGCGAGGACCCACGAGUCACCAGGCUCGGCAGUAUUUCCCGUACGUGUCGUCCGAGAGCGACCUCCAACGCUACAAAGCAGUGCCAUUCAAGCAACAGAACUCGAGCCACGAGCCAAGAACCAGUUCAUCACUUUCUAAUGUG